AUGGGAGGCGAGGCGGCGUCUGCGGCGGCCGUGGGCUCUGAGGGCCGCGUGAAGAGCCUGGGUCUGGUGUUCGAGGAUGAGCGCAAAGGCAGCUACUCGAGCGGCGAGACAGUGGCUGGGCACGUGCUGCUGGAGGCGGCCGAGCCGGUGUCCCUGCGCGCGCUGCGCCUGGAGGCCCGGGGCCGCGCCACCGCCGCCUGGGGCCCGAGCGCCGCCGCCCGCGCCUCGGCCGCCUCGGAGGUGGAGUACCUGAACGUGUGCCUGAGCCUGCGCGAGCCCCCGGCCGGUGAAGGCGUCAUUUUAUUACCACCGGGAAAACAUGAAUUUCCGUUUAGUUUCCAACUUCCUUCUGAACCUCUGGUCACCUCGUUCACCGGGAAGUAUGGAAGCAUUCGGUACUGUGUAAAGGCCAUUUUGGAACGGCCGAAAGCCCCCGAUCAGAGUGUGAAACGGGAACUGCAGGUGAUCAGCCACAUCGAUGUCAACGCACCGGCGCUCUUAACCCCAGUACUGAGAACUCGAGAGAAAAUGGUUGGCUGUUGGUUUUUCACUUCGGGUCCUGUGUCCGUGAGCGCCAAGAUUGAAAGAAAGGGAUACUGUAACGGGGAAGCUAUUCCAAUCUAUGCAGAAAUAGAGAAUUGUUCCUCACGUCUGAUUGUUCCCAAAGCUGCCAUUUUCCAAACCCAGACAUAUCUGGGGAGUGGAAAGACAAAGAGCGUCCGUCACAUGGUUGCUAACGUUCGAGGGAACCACAUUGCUUCCGGGAGCACGGACAGGUGGAAUGGGAAGGCUCUGAAGAUCCCGCCGGUUACCCCGUCCAUCCUGGACUGUUGCAUUAUCCGAGUGGACUAUUCCUUAGCGGUGUACAUUCACAUUCCGGGUGCUAAAACCUUGAUGCUGGAGCUGCCCAUCGUCAUUGGCACCGUUCCAUACAGCGGCUUUGGCAGCAGAAACUCCAGUGUCGUCAGUCACUUCAGUGUGGACAUGAGCUGGUUAGCGCUGACCCUACCCGAGCAACCUGAAGCUCCACCAAAUUAUGCAGACGUGGUAUCAGAAGAAGAAUUCUCCAGCCACAUUCCUCCUUACCCUCAGCCCCCGAGUUGUGAGGGAGAAGCCUGCUGCUCCGUGUUCACCUGCAUACAGGAAUUCCGCUUCCAGCCUCCGCCUCUUUAUUCAGAGGUUGACCCACAUCCUAGUGAUACAGAAGAAGCCCGCCCUGUUGCUUUCAUUCUGUGA